UACUUAUUACAUUAACCCACCACCUCCACCACCACCACCACCGCGACCUUCCAAUUCAUGGCGACCCUCAAAGCCCUAGCGUCUAUCUCCGCCCUCCUCCUCCUUCUUUGCUCCUCCUCCGCCUACCGCACCACCACCACCAUCACGACGGUGGAAACGGAGGAGGCCGGCAUCAGCCGGGAGGACCCCUCCCAGCGCUGCCGCCAGCAGAUCCAGAGCCAGCAGAGGCUCAACGCCUGCAGGCAGUACCUGCGGGAGAGCAGCCGGAUUAGCCUAGUUGAGGAGCCAAACGAGUGGCGGGAGCAGUUUCAGAGAUGCUGCCAGCAGCUCGAGGAGCUGGCAGAGCCGUGCCGGUGCGUCGGGGUGAUGGCGGCGGCCGAUGACGUGCGGCAGGGAGGGAUGCUGCAGGGGAGAGAGGUCAGGGAGAUGCUGCGCACCGCCGAGACCCUGCCGGGGCUCUGCCGCAUGAGUCCUCGCCGCUGCAACGUCCGAUCAGUGGUUUCCUAGAGAGAUAUAUAUGCAUUUCAAAGCUCUGGACGCACACAAUUACAAUAAUCUAAGUAACUAAUUUACUUAGUAGCGUGAUCCGAGAUUUAUGCCAUCUCUCUCUCUCUCUCUCUCUCUCUCUCUCUCUCUAUAGUGUUAUUAAGUGGUGAUGUCUAUAUGUUCUCUCUCUGUUUCCAGCUUUCAAAUAAAUUUGGUUCUCUGCUCAGUGAGUAGCUGA